UCUCCCCUUAGAUUCUUUCCUCGAUGCUCUGCGUACCAAAGAUCCAGAGCAUCAUGGCAACUCCCUCCGCCCCGCACCUCCUCCUCCUCCUCCUCCUCUCCCUCAUCUCCCUCUCUUCCCUCCCCUCCACCCUCUCCGCCGGCGGCUCCAUUGCCAUCAACUACGGCCGUGUUGCCAACGACCUCCCAUCCCCGCCCCAAGUCGUCCAGCUUCUCAAAGCCCAAGGCCUCACUAAAGUCAAGCUCUACGACACAGACUCCAAUGUCCUCUCAGCCCUCUCCGGUUCCGGCAUCUCAGUCACCGUUGCACUUCCCAACGAACAGCUUUCCUCCGCCGCUGCCGGCCAAUCCUACACUGACUCGUGGGUGCAGUCCAACAUCCUUGCUUACUACCCCAAAACUCUCAUCGAAGCCAUUGCCGUCGGGAACGAAGUUUUCGUGGACCCCAAGAACACCACUCCUUUCCUCGUACCCGCCAUGAAAAACGUCUACUCUUCGCUGGUUAAGUACAACGUUUCCGCCAUCAAGAUAUCUUCCCCCAUUGCUCUCAGCGCACUGCAAACCUCGUACCCAUCGUCCUCCGGUUCGUUCAAGUCGGGGCUGAUUGAGCCGGUGAUCAAACCGAUGCUGAACUUCUUGAAACAAACCGGUUCGUAUGUCAUGGUCAAUGCGUAUCCGUUCUUCGCUUACACGGCGAACACGGACACGAUUUCGUUGGACUACGCCUUGUUUCGCAACAACAAAGGCGUAACAGACCCGAAUAACGGGCUGGUCUACAAGAGCCUGUUCGAUGCCCAACUCGACGCCGUUUUCGCAGCGAUGAAUGCGGUGGGUUUUAAAGACGUCAAAGUCGUGGUGUCCGAAACCGGGUGGCCGUCCAAGGGGGACGAAAAUGAAGUGGGUGCAAGCCAGCAGAAUGCGGCGUCGUACAACGGAAACCUGGUGCGCAGGGUGCUUGCGGGUGGUGGGACCCCUUUGAGACCCGACGAGCCGCUCAACGUCUACUUGUUUGCUCUGUUCAAUGAGAAUCAGAAGACGGGGCCCACCUCCGAGAGGAAUUAUGGACUCUUUUAUCCGAGCGAGCAGAAAGUUUACGAUGUUCCGCUGACGCUGGAGGCCUUGGCCAGGGCACCCACGGCUUCGCCGUCGAACACGAGUCGGGUGGCGACGAAGCCUCCGUCCACAUCCAGCGGUGGUGAUUUUUCCCCCAGCAGCGCGGGCCAGACUUGGUGCGUGGCGAGUGGAGAUGCUGGGGAGGAGAAGUUGAAGGACGCACUGGAUUAUGCUUGUGGGGAAGGAGCUGCUGAUUGCCGUCCGAUUCAGCGCGGUGCCACGUGUUACAAUCCGAACACCCUUGUGGCCCAUGCAUCAUACGCUUUCAAUAGCUAUUAUCAGAAGAAUGCACGAAGAAGUGGGUCCUGUUAUUUUGGGGGUGCAGCCUACGUGGUCUCUCAAUCUCCCGAGUAUGGGAGCUGCAACUAUCCGACGGGCUAUUGACAGGGACAUUGCGAUGGAAACUGAUUGUACUACUACUAGUGGCCCUUUAUUACAUAGGGAAUUUAUUGUGGAGUUAGGUCAGAAUUUUUGUUGCUGCGCUAUGUUGGCUUCAGGGACUCUAUUUUAUUUUUUAAAAUUAUCAUGUAAGUAAUUCAUUUUUUUUUUUUUUUAUAGAGAGAGUAGUACUGUAGUAGUAUUAUAUAUCGGGUUGGUAUGGCUAUUUGACUUGUUCUCCGUAAUUAAAUACCUACUCUUUGGUGCGUUGAUGAUGAUGAUUAGAUUUCGUGAAAGUUCCAGUUUUCCA